AGCUCUUUGCCUCAAUUGCCGACUCUGAUGCCAUGAGCCCUGAGCGAUAGUCCAUCGCAGCCAUGAAUUCCUCUUGCGGCUGUUCUCCACCUCUCUCCCUUUUGCCACGCUCUUUCGAUAUAACGGCGUUUCCUUGCGACUCCCCUGGUUGUGGGCUUGAUUGACAUUCACUAUUGGCGCUCACCUCCUUCCCGACCCAGCCAUGGCAUCGUUCAUACAGAAGGGUGUAAAAAACAUAGUUCAGAAGAACCCUCAUGAUGUGGUGUUCCUUUCAGCCCUCCGGACUCCGGUAACACGAGCGAAGAAGGGCGGACUACGGGACGCGUAUGACCAUGAAAUGCUAGCUGCUGUCCUCAAAGCCACCACCAACAAGUUCCCUAAUCUGGACCCUGCGAAGAUACAUGACAUCUGCAUCGGCACCGUACUCUCCGAGCUAGGCGGUUCAAAGGCUGGUAGAAUGGCCGCGAACCACGUCGGCCUACCCGUAACCACGACUUUCUCCACCGUAAACCGGGCAUGCGCAUCCGGUCUUUCGGCUAUCACUUCGAUUGCGAACUCCAUUGCCGUUGGCCAGAUUGAUGUGGGCAUAGCAGGCGGCAUGGAGAGCAUGACGCGCAACUAUGCAAGCCGAGCGAUUCCCACGCAACUUUGGGACGAACUGAGGAAUAGCCCAGUGAAGGAAGCAAGAGAUUGUAUAAUGUCCAUGGGUAUCACGUCGGAGAAUGUGGCUGAGCGGUACGGGAUCUCUCGAGCGGAUCAGGACGCAUUCGCCGCGGAAUCGCACAAGAAAGCUUUCAAAGCACAACAGUCUGGUUUCUUCGACAAGGAGAUCGUGCCUGUGACGACUCGGUGGAUCGAGCCCGAGCAGCCGGAGGAUGUGAAGCAGAUCACUGUCACGAAAGAUGACGGAAUCAGGGGUAGCACAAGCGUAGAGAAGCUUGCCAGCAUGAAGCCGGCGUUCAAGCCCGAUGGAGCCAGCACGGCAGGGAACAGUUCACAGGUCAGCGACGGAGCGUCCGCGGCACUGAUGAUGCGACGAUCUACGGCUGCGGAACUGGGACUGACCUCCCAGAUCAUCGGAAAGUGGGCUGGCACGCAGGUAGUGGGAUGCGCACCCGAUGAGAUGGGUAUCGGGCCUGCCCUCGCGGUGCCCAAGCUCCUUGAGUAUACUGGCAUAUCGAAGGAUGACGUCGAUAUCUGGGAGAUCAACGAGGCCUUUGCAAGCCAAGCUCUCUACUGCAUCAGGAAACUUGGGCUGGAAAAUGCGAACGUGAAUCCGAACGGAGGUGCUAUUGCGCUGGGGCACCCGCUGGGAGCUACUUCAGGCCGCAUGUUGGCGACGUUAUUGCAUGAGAUGGAGAGAGACGGGGCGAAGCUCGGUGUGCUAACAAAAUGCAUCGGCACCGGCAUGGGCAUGGCAAGUUUGAUCGUUAGAGAAUAGAUGGUCCCGUUGUGUCGGGGUAAAGUCUACUGAAUGGCACUAGGUCUUCCAUGGGGUAUCUCGUUGAAUAUAAUAAUGCGAAAGUCACCAUGGUCGUCGUCGAAGACCUUGCUAAUUCCAACCUUCCAACCUACUCUCACAGUCCAUGCAUUCACGGCUGCGAACCUUCUUUGUUCUUCAGCUUCUUCU